CAGUCUCUGUAACACACAGACACAUUGGACCCUACCGGAGGAGGAGCCUCAUCCACAGACAAGGUACUUUCUGCUGCUCUGUCUACAUCUGUGUUGGCACAAGGGAAACUAAGAUGGACAAAAAAAAGACCCAGCUGAAACAGCUUAUCUGAGUGGUCCCCUGUGGACGAGGUAAACGUCUCCUUACGGAUUUCUAUUAAACUUCUCCAGGGAUUGUGCAGAAAUGAGUGAAGCCUGAAGACUCUCUGAGAGCGACAUCAGACAGGAUGGCGACUCCGAAUGAAUCUUACAGCAUUAACUUUACCAGUGCCGAUAACGCCAGCCUCUUUUCAAGGAGCCCAUACACAGCAGUGGAGAUUGGGCUCAUCGUCUUUGUGGCUGGAUCCCUGAGUCUGAUCACUGUCAUCGGGAACAUCCUGGUCAUGCUCUCCAUAAAGGUAAACAGGAACCUGCAGACCGUCAACAACUACUUCCUGUUCAGCUUGGCCUGUGCAGACCUCAUUAUUGGGAUCUUCUCCAUGAACUUAUAUACUAUCUAUAUCGUGAUUGACUACUGGCCUCUGGGCGCAGUGGUGUGUGACCUUUGGUUGGCUGUUGACUACGUCGUCAGCAACGCCUCGGUCAUGAACCUGCUCAUCAUAAGCUUCGACCGUUUCUUUUGCGUCACCAAACCCCUGAGCUACCCAACGCGCCGCAGCACCAAGAUGGCCGGCCUGAUGAUCGCCGCAGCCUGGGUCCUGUCCUUCAUCCUGUGGGCUCCGGCCAUUUUGUUCUGGCAGUUCAUCGUAGGAGGGAGAACUGUACCCGCGGACGACUGCUUCAUCCAGUUCUUCUCCAACCCAGCGGUGACGUUCGGGACUGCCAUAGCAGCGUUUUACCUGCCGGUGGCCAUCAUGAUCUACCUGUACUGGCGGAUCUCAAGGGCCAGCCGCAGCCGUAUGAGGAGGGACAGCAGGAAGACCUCGGGCACAAGUUUGGCUGAAGCGCCCUCCAACAGCCAAGAGGAAGGCUGUGACAACAACAGCGUCCCAACAAAGCAAGCUGAGGAGGAGGCCGCCGUUGGGCAGGACAAGGAAAUGUUGCAUCAGCCAAAUGGAACCGGGCCGUGCGACGAAGACAAGGCUGACCAGGUGGACUCGGCAUCAGAGAUUGUCCAAGCUUCACCGUCCAAAGAUCCUGGUUCAUCAAGGAAGAGCUCAACUGGCGAUAAAAAUCAAACGCAGCCACCAUCACUGCAGAAUUCAGCCAUUGAUCGACAAAGUAUGGUUGCAAGGACACUGCUAAUGGUAACAAAGCGUGCUGUGAGCGAGCGCGUUGUGGCAAAGUGGAAAAGGAGGGGCAACUCCUCCAGGGAGAGAAAAGUGACGCGGACCAUCAUGGCCAUCCUGGUCGCUUUUGUCGUCACAUGGACGCCGUACAACGUGAUGGUCCUCAUCAACACGUUCUGCACCGUCUGCAUCCCCAAAUCGCUGUGGACCAUCGGCUACUGGCUCUGCUACAUCAACAGCACCAUCAACCCGGCCUGCUACGCCCUCUGCAACGCCACCUUCAAGAACACCUUCAAGCACCUGCUCCUGUGCCAGUACAAGAACAUUCGUGGACGAUGAGGACGCUUUAGUCUGGGAUGGAGCUGAAACUGAUGGAGGCAUUUAAUGAAAAACGGCAAAAGCUGAAACAGUCAAAGAUAGAUUACUUCGGUUACUGUGCACUUCACUUCUUUUAAGGCAUGUAAAGUGUAAAACGUGUAUGUACUCUUUUAUACGCUUACAAAGACCUGCUGCAGUUUUUAAUUCUCAUUAGUUUUUCAAGCUCUGAUGAUCUUUAUUGUCGUGUUCUUCCCUUUUGCUCCCUUCUACAUGAACAUUUGCAGUCCAUUGAUUGUAAUGUUGUAAAUGAGGUAAAGUUUACAUAAACUACAUAAAUAAUUAAUUGUGUUAGUAUGAAGGACAGUUUAUUAGUACGUGUAUUUCUAGAGCAAAAAGUAAAGCAAAAAGAAUUUGCCAAACUGCCUGUAUUAGGCAGAGAAAAGUGAUAUAGCAAACAUAAACCGCAUUACUAGCAAUGAUAAACCCUCCUCCCUCUCUAGAUUUACUCAGAUUAGGCUCACAUUAAUGGUGUCUGUAAUGUGUGAUGUGGUGACACGAGUCUAAUUGUUAAAUCUGUUCACAUCAUUUCCCUUUGAGACAUGUUUUUCAGAAAUAAAAAGAUAACGCUG